CCUGGACGCAUCUCCGGCAGCGGCGGGAAACAUGGAGGACCUGCUGAGGCGGGAGCUGGGUUGCAGCUCGGUCAAGGCCACUGGCCACUCGGGGGGCGGGUGCAUCAGCCAGGGCCAGAGUUACGACACGGACAGCGGCCGAGUGUUUGUGAAAGUGAACGCCAAGGCGGAGGCCAGAAGAAUGUUUGAAGGUGAGAUGGCAAGUUUAGCUGCCAUCUUGAAAACAAACACAGUGAAAGUGCCCAAGCCCAUCAAGGUUCUUGAUGCCCCAGGAGGUGGUAGUAUGCUAGUGAUGGAGCAUUUGGACAUGCGGUAUCUGAGCAGUCAUGCUGCAAAGCUUGGAUCCCAGCUAGCAGACUUACACCUUGACAACAAGAAGCUUGGAGAGAGACACCUGAAGGAGGCUGGCAUAGUGGGGAAAGGAGGUGGGCAGGCAGAACGCCCCUUUGUGGACCAGUUUGGGUUUGACGUGGUGACGUGCUGUGGAUACCUUCCCCAGGUGAACGACUGGCUGAAGGACUGGGUCAUAUUCUAUGCCCGGCAGCGCAUUCAGCCCCAGAUGGACAUGAUAGAGAAGGAGUCUGGAGACCGGGAGGCCCUUGAGCUUUGGUCUGCUCUACAGGUGAGCAGAUUAAAGAUCCCUGACCUGUUCCGUGAUCUGGAGAUUGUCCCAGCUUUACUCCAUGGAGACCUCUGGGGAGGAAAUGUAGCAGAGGAUUCCUCUGGGCCUAUCAUUUUUGAUCCGGCUUCUUUCUAUGGCCACUCGGAAUAUGAACUGGGAAUAGCUGGCAUGUUUGGGGGCUUUAGUAGCUCCUUUUACUCUGCCUACCACAGCAAAAUCCCCAAGGCCCCAGGAUUUGAGAAGCGCCUAAAGUUGUACCAGCUCUUUCACUACUUGAACCACUGGAAUCAUUUUGGAUCAGGGUAUAGAGGAUCCUCCCUGAACAUCAUGAGGAAUCUCGUCAAGUGAACUUGAUUUCCUCUGGAGGGAGGCCCCUCUGAGGAAGGUGCUGAGGCCUCAAGGUUAGGGUACAUUAGAUUCCAGCCAGAGCUGUGGUCGAGUUUCCCUUGUUUUCUCCAUAGUCCUCUUUAUGGUCAAUUCUUCCCCAGUUUUUCUCAUGGCUGGAGUAGCUAUAGAUCAACUCAGUAGCUCAUUUCCAAGCCUUCUAAGGUACCUAGUUCCUCAGAGGAAAAGUUUUGUCUUCCUAAAGUUAUAUACUCUGUUAGACUUUAUGACCAGAUAGAGCCAUACUAGAGAUAUGGUGUGAACAGAGAGACCUAUGAUACAUGGGUGACUUUGAGCCACAUUGCUUCUCCAAAGGUAGAGAAACCAGAAGUGAUCUCAUGCACAUGGGGGAGGGUGUCUAGUGUGCAGGGAAGUGGCCAGUGUGCCUGGGUACUAUUGUUUGAAGGACACCUUUCCAUCUCCCCCUUCUUGCUCUUGUGUGUCAGAGAAUCUCUGAGUUGUGCGUGAUGGUGCUUCUUGGUGGGUAAGACUUGAAAUCAUCUUGCUAGAAGCUCCUUACAAUGACCAAUUCCAAAACCGAGCACAUUCCCUUUUCUUCCUGCAUUAUCUCUGGGCCUGGCCACAGGCUAAGCAGGUCUGAAAGCUGAUUCUGGGAGUGACCAAGCGGCUGACCUUAGGGUAUCUUUGGGUAAAUUGAGGAGCCUUGAAUUACUCCUGUUAUUACUUCAUCUUGUGUGCCGUUUUCUAAAGCUUGCUGAGUUGUCAUUUCUUUGCAACAUAUGAAAGAAACACUGAACUAAUAUUUUUCCUUCCUUUAGUAUGGUAGUGAUAAGAAAUAUUUUGUGAAUGCCAUUGAUGCUAAUAAAUCUUGUUGUGUAAAAGUUUGAAUAAACUUUCAGUGGUUUCAAUCAUG